AUGGCCACGUUUCACCGCGCACGACUAUCUGUCGAUAAUUCUUUUCGGCGAUUAGCUCUGACAUCACCAUCAUUAGCCCCUAUCGAUGCUAUUAUAUGGAAAGUGGAUGACCGCUCCUUCCUGGAAAAGGCUUCAUAUUGGACCAUCCUCUAUGGCGAGCUUCCAGGAAUAUGGUGUUUCCUUCCGCUUCCUCUUCCUCGAGGCAACGGCCUGGGGGUUGACAUCAUUGGUUCCAUGUCGGAUAGGAAACGAUCAUCCGGUUUGUAUUUUUCAGUAGAAAGCUCAAGUCAUCAGUUGAAGUUUCUGGACUCAAGAAGCGUUGCUCUGAAGCAGUUGAGCUUGGAGAGAGAUCCUUAUCGUCCUCGGAGCCGACAACAAAUAAUAACCGGACAAAUAAAAAGGAGAAGCGAAGGAGCCGGCAAUAUUUGCUCAGUAGCUGCGGAGGUUACCGCGCCACACCUGGCUGAUGACAGGGCGCACUGA